AUGCCCCUCUCACCAGAAGAUCAGCGCAUCCGCAUCCUGCGCACCGCGUACGUAAUCUACUACCACAGCAACCUAGACAAGAUACGCAAGUUCUACGAGGACUUUGGCCUCGCCAUCGCCGAGGAGAGGCAGGACGAGAUCUUUUUCAAGGGCUACGGCACGGAACCCUUGUCUACGUGGCCAGGAGGGCGACGGACGGGCGGAGCAGGUUCGGCGGCGGCGCGUACGAGCGCGAUCGAGAAGCUCGAUGGACCCGGGGGCGGCGAGGUGGUGACGCUCACGGACCCGAUCGGGUUCAAUGUGCUGCUGGUACACGGACAGACGCCCAAGGAGGCGGAGACGCCGGAGCAGCCCCGGCUGGUGGUCAACUACGGCGACGCGAAGCCGCGCAAGGGCGAGUUCCACAGGUUCAAGAAGGGAGCGGCUCCCGUGCAUCGCUGGGGCCACUACGGCGUGACGUACCCCGAGGGGCGGUACCAGGAUAUGUACGACUGGUACACCAAGACCCUGGCGCUGGCGCCCUCCGACGUCGUGUACAAGGACGGGGAGCCCAUCUGCUGCUUCUUCCACAUCGACCGUGAUCUCGAGUACACGGACCACCACGCCUUCUUCUUCAAGCCGUGCAAGCCCGGCGCGGAGCCGGCCGUGGCGCACUCUGCCUUUGAGGUGCACGACUUUGAUGUCCAGCAGCUCGGGCACCAGUACCUCGAGAGCCAGGGCCACGAGCUGUGCUGGGGUGUUGGCAGGCACGUUCUUGGAAGCCAAGUGUUUGACUAUUGGUUCGACACGAGCAAGUUUAUUGUGGAACACUACGCGGAUGGCGAUCUCGUCAACUCCAAGACCGAGGUGUCCACGGUACAGGCCGGACCUGAUGCGCUGGCCAUUUGGGGCCCUCCCGUACCGCCUGUCUUUUAA